CGGGCGGACACGCGGAGCUGGGGGCGGCUCGGAGAGGCCGGCGGGGCGCGGCGGGGCUGACCGGCCCCGAUGAGGCGGAAGGAGAAGCGGCUCCUGCAGGCGGUGGCGCUGGUACUGGCGGCCCUCGUCCUCCUGCCCAACGUGGGGCUCUGGGCGCUGUACCGCGAGCGGCAGCCCGACGGCACUCCCGGGGGAUCGGGGGCGGCGGUGGCCCCGGCGGCCGGACAGGGCUCACACAAUCAGCAAAAGAAGACAUUUUUCUUGGGAGAUGGGCAGAAGCUGAAGGACUGGCACGACAAGGAGGCCAUAAGGAGGGACGCUCAGCGCAUAGGAGAUGGAGAACAAGGGAGACCUUACGCCAUGACUGAUGCUGAGAGAGUGGAUCAGGCGUACCGAGAAAAUGGAUUUAACAUCUACGUCAGUGAUAAAAUCUCCCUGAAUCGCUCUCUCCCUGAUAUCCGGCACCCAAACUGCAACAGCAAACACUACCUGGAGAUGCUCCCUAACACGAGCAUAAUCAUCCCCUUCCACAACGAGGGCUGGUCCUCCCUCCUCCGCACCGUCCACAGUGUGCUGAACCGCUCACCCCCGGAGCUGGUCGCUGAGAUUGUGCUGGUCGACGACUUCAGUGAUCGAGAGCACCUAAAGAAGCCACUUGAAGACUACAUGGCCCUUUUUCCUAGCGUGAGGAUUCUCCGAACCAAGAAACGGGAAGGGCUGAUAAGGACCCGGAUGCUGGGGGCCUCAGCAGCAACUGGGGAUGUCAUCACAUUCUUGGACUCACACUGUGAAGCUAACGUCAACUGGCUUCCUCCCUUGCUCGACCGCAUCGCACGGAACCGCAAGACCAUUGUGUGCCCAAUGAUUGAUGUGAUUGACCACGAUGACUUUCGGUACGAGACACAGGCUGGGGAUGCCAUGAGGGGUGCCUUUGACUGGGAGAUGUACUAUAAGCGGAUCCCGAUCCCUCCAGAGCUGCAGAAAGCUGACCCCAGUGACCCAUUUGAGUCCCCCGUGAUGGCCGGCGGACUGUUUGCCGUGGAUCGGAAGUGGUUCUGGGAGCUGGGUGGGUACGACCCAGGCUUGGAGAUCUGGGGAGGGGAGCAGUAUGAAAUCUCGUUCAAGGUGUGGAUGUGUGGGGGCCGCAUGGAGGACAUCCCUUGCUCCAGGGUGGGCCACAUCUACAGGAAGUAUGUGCCCUACAAAGUCCCUGCUGGAGUCAGUCUGGCCCGGAACCUUAAGCGAGUGGCGGAGGUGUGGAUGGACGAGUACGCCGAGUACAUUUACCAGCGCCGGCCGGAGUACCGCCACCUCUCGGCCGGGGACGUGGCGGCCCAGAAAAAGCUCCGCAGCUCCCUGAACUGCAAGAGUUUCAAGUGGUUCAUGACCAAGAUCGCCUGGGACCUGCCCAAAUUCUACCCACCCGUGGAGCCCCCGGCUGCGGCUUGGGGGGAGAUCCGCAACAUGGGCACAGGGCUGUGUGCAGACACAAAGCAUGGGGCCCUGGGCUCCCUGCUGAGGCUGGAGAACUGCGUCAGGGGCCGCGGGGAGGCUGCCUGGAACAACAUGCAGGUGUUCACCUUUACCUGGAGGGAGGACAUCCGGCCUGGAGACCCCCAGCACACCAAGAAGUUCUGCUUUGAUGCCAUCUCUCACACCAGCCCAGUCACCCUCUAUGACUGCCACAGCAUGAAAGGCAACCAGCUGUGGAAAUACCGCAAAGACAAGACCCUGUACCACCCUGUCAGCGGCAGUUGCAUGGACUGCAGUGAAAGUGACCACAGGAUCUUCAUGAACACCUGCAACCCCUCCUCUCCCACCCAGCAGUGGCUGUUUGAACACACCAACUCAACAGUCUUGGAAAAUUUCAAUAGAAACUGAGCCUUCAUGUCCCCUUGGCAGGCCCAGCGGGGUACCCUGUGGCACUCACUGCAGGCUUCCUCUCCUGAGGGAGGCAGGGCCUCCGUGGGCACCAUGGUGUAAAAGGUGCUGUCCAAAUGGUUCCAGGUGAAGAGGGCUCUUGAAACUGGAGCAAGAGAUCUGCCUGGUCCUUGAGCCCCUGAGUCAUGGGGUGGGGUGGAGAGCAUGCCCCACAAGAGACCCCAUAAGAGAGCAGAGCCUGCUCUAAUCCCUGCUGGCAUCGUGGAAAAGCAGGGGGGCCUUUUUAACUUUGUCUCCAUAUCCCCUCGGGCACUGUGCAAGAGAAUACCAGGGCAGCUCUAGGCCACCCAAAAAUGAGUCCUGCAAGGUUGCCCAGACCGCGUGUGGCUCUCAUAUGUGACGGUGCUUUAGAAAGAGAGGCAACGUUUGUCUCUCUGGGGCGGCUGUUAACACCGAUGCCACCCAUCUGCAGCAGAAGGGAAAGCUCUUCUAGGAACCUUUUAGUUUCUGCCUGUGACUGAAGUUACUUGCCCAGCUUCUGUUCUCUGUCACAGCCUCAGGUGAUGUAGUCAAAGGCCAUACCUGGGGCUCUCAGAGGGUUUAGUACUGAAUGCUGGCCAGCUGCCAGGCAUGGGUCAGAAGAGGGACCUCCAGACAUUCCUUUUCGGCCAAGGGUAUAUGGGAUGUCUACCCUGCUCUCUGGGUAUUUGAAAUGCUCAUUUUAGUGCUCUGCAGGCACCAGGGAAGCCCAGCCACCAGCUUUUCAGGGCUUGGUUCAGAUUGCCUUGGGCCCAUGAAAAAGGACAAGUAGAAGACCUCCAAACUAGAAAUGCUGGCUGAAUUUCCCUAAUCCAUGCUUCCACUUCCCUUUCUCUCUUUCCCGGGCAAUUACCUGCCUCAGGAGAGGAGCCGAGGUGCUGCAAGGUGUUCACCUCACAGUCUGGAGCCUCCAGGAUCAACCGUGGGCAAGGUGCCUACCCUCUGACCUCACGAUGGUUCUAGUUCUCAUA